GUGGGCGCGCGGGGGAGAGCGAGGGCGACGCCGCUCCAGGGGUCCCGGCGCGGGUGGCCGCCCCGGGCGAUGAGGGGCCGGCGCUGACAGACCUGAGGGCGAGCGCUCGGCGGCGGUGGCUCGCGCGGACCCGCGAUGGAAGCGCCCCGGGAGGAGGCUCCCGGCCGGGCGGACGGCGCGGGCAGCGGCCGCUGAGACUCCGCCGGGGGCUCCGCGCGCGCUAGAGGGGACGCGAGGCGCGCCCGGGGGGGAUCCGCACCCGCGCGCUCGCCCCAGCCGUCCAAACUUCGGGCUCGCCUCCGCCCGCCCGCCCUCGGCGCCGGGCGUCAGCAACUUGUGGGGCCGGCCCGCGCGCUCGCCCCAGCCCUCCCCGCCGCCGGCCCCGGGAUGCGGCCGUGAGGCGCUGUCGGGCGGGGAGCAGCUCGCGUGAGCGCGAGGGCGGCGCGGCCGGGGCCCGGGGCGCAGGCUCGCCGGGCCAGCCGGGCCAGCGGGGCUCCGGGGUCGCGGAGAUGUCGUCGCCGUCGCCGCCCGCGCCGGUUGCCUGCGCCGCCGCCGCCAUCUCGGCCUCGGAGAAAGUGGACGGCUUCACCCGGAAAUCGGUGCGCAAGGCGCAGAGGCAGAAGCGCUCGCAGGGCUCGUCGCAGUUCCGCGGCCAGGGCAGCCAGGCGGAGCUGCACCCCCUGCCCCAGCUCAAAGAUGCUACUUCAAAUGAACAACAAGAGCUUUUCUGCCAGAAGCUACAGCAGUGCUGUGUACUGUUUGAUUUCAUGGACUCUGUUUCUGACUUGAAGAGCAAAGAAAUUAAAAGAGCAACAUUGAAUGAACUGGUUGAGUAUGUUUCAACUAAUCGUGGUGUAAUUGUUGAAUCAGCGUAUUCUGAUAUAGUAAAAAUGAUCAGUGCUAACAUCUUCCGUACGCUUCCUCCAAGUGAUAAUCCAGAUUUUGAUCCAGAAGAGGACGAGCCCACACUGGAGGCCUCCUGGCCUCACAUACAGCUGGUAUAUGAAUUCUUCUUGAGAUUCUUGGAGAGCCCUGACUUCCAGCCCAGCAUUGCAAAGCGAUACAUUGAUCAGAAGUUUGUGCAACAGCUCCUGGAGCUUUUUGAUAGUGAAGAUCCGAGAGAACGUGACUUCCUGAAGACAGUCCUGCAUCGAAUUUAUGGGAAGUUCCUCGGGCUGAGAGCCUUCAUCAGGAAGCAGAUUAACAACAUCUUCCUCAGGUUUAUAUAUGAAACGGAACAUUUCAAUGGUGUGGCUGAACUCCUUGAGAUAUUAGGAAGUAUCAUCAAUGGCUUUGCAUUGCCGCUGAAAGCAGAACAUAAGCAAUUUCUAAUGAAGGUUCUUAUUCCUAUGCAUACUGCAAAGGGACUGGCUUUGUUUCAUGCUCAGCUGGCGUACUGCGUCGUGCAGUUCCUGGAGAAAGACACCACGCUGACAGAGCCUGUGAUCAGAGGACUGCUGAAAUUUUGGCCAAAAACAUGCAGUCAGAAAGAGGUGAUGUUUUUAGGAGAAAUUGAAGAAAUCUUAGAUGUCAUUGAACCAACACAAUUCAAAAAAAUUGAAGAGCCACUUUUUAAGCAAAUAUCCAAGUGUGUCUCCAGUUCUCAUUUUCAGGUUGCAGAAAGAGCACUGUACUUCUGGAAUAAUGAAUAUAUCCUUAGUUUGAUUGAAGAAAAUAUUGAUAAAAUUCUGCCAAUUAUGUUUGCCAGUCUGUAUAAAAUUUCCAAAGAACACUGGAAUCAGACCAUUGUGGCACUUGUGUACAACGUGCUGAAAACCCUGAUGGAGAUGAAUGGCAAGCUCUUCGACGACCUCACUAGUUCCUACAAAGCUGAGAGACAGAGAGAGAAAAAGAAAGAAUUGGAACGUGAAGAAUUAUGGAAAAAAUUAGAAGAGCUGAAGCUGAAGAAGGCUCUGGAAAAACAGAACAGUGCUUACACCAUGCACGAUAUUCUCGGCUGCAACGCAAGUGCCAGAUAAAGAGCAGCUCCCACCGCUGCCAGGCGGGCAGCUCCGUACACAAGAUCUUCAAAGCAAACCUCAUCAGUAUAAUAUAAUUAGGAGGCCGGUUUUUCCUGGCAAGCGUAAGGAAAGAAAUAGGGACUAAACAUAGCCCUGUGCUGUAUCAUGGCCACAGUAUAUUGUAACCUUUGUCUAAUCAUCGACUGUGUCACUUUGUCAUCUGUUGUGAGUGAGGCGAUUGUGGGAGUGGUGAGAAUCAGGACUUGAACUCCCGACUGUGCUGCACACAGGUCAGGUCGUCCUCUGUGCUGCACACUGGUCAGGUCAUCACAUCUGUAAGGUAAACUGAGGUGUUGUCCUCCCCUCGCCUCUCCUAGAGCUGGUGGGAUGAAAGCGCAGCUUCUUUAAAGACACUGCCACACUCUGGGAUUCACAGCACCUGACGUUUCCAGGCGUCUGAAGCACAAGGUAUUAAAGCUGAGGGAACUGUCCCCAGACACCUUCAGCAGCAGCACCCGGAGCGAGUGGAUCCUAGCUCACCUCUCCUUCAUUCCUGUCCUCUCCAAGGCUGGAGGCAGGGCCUUCCCGCAGGGUGCAGUGACACAGCCCGCUAGCUGUCACCGCCUGGCUUUAGGAGAUGUCUGGUGUGUUCUUUCCUGGUCAGGUGUUUGUCCCAUGUUAUCUGUACCAUUCCAGCCUCCUGCCUCGCCACUGUAUGGAAACUGUUUUAUAGCAGAAGCUCUGCACCAGGGAUUGAGCACCAUUUAAUAAAGUCUAUGUUUGUAUUUUGCCUUA